AAAAGAAAGUAGCAGGGCCAAUUCACUGUUGCCGCCACAGCAAGUGUACUAGUUUUUGAGUAAAUUAAGUGGGUAUACUCUAUGAAGAUAUAAUAAAAUAAAGCAAAACGCGUUGAUUUUUGCCCUUUUAAGAGACAUCGAAAAUUAUUGACAUUUCAAGUUUUUCGCUAAUAGCGCAGAAUUCUGCUGCUAGCCAAAAGAGCACGUUUCUUUUUAUCUAAGGCACUAGUAAGUAUGUCAGUCCAGAUCCAGUUAGAGGAGAUUCAAAAGCAUAACCAACCAGACGACCUGUGGAUUAUUGUUCACGGGCGCGUAUAUGACGUAACCAAGUUUUCCAACGUACAUCCUGGAGGUAAAAAAAUUUUGCAGAGGGUUGGAGGAAAAGACGCAACCGUGCAAUUUGACCAGUACCAUAAGAGAGAAGUGCUUGAAAAAUAUAAAGGCCUGAGUAUAGGAGAAAUCGCAGACCCAAGUAAGAAGGAAGCCGCUAAACCCAUCGCGCCGCCUCCUGCUCAACCAUCAAAAGAACUACUACCACCUUCAAAUAAAAGUGAGGAAGAAAUCGCUAAACCUAUGCCGCCAGAGCGUCUGCCCUCUUCUCUGCCUCCGACUUCGAGAGACGAAGGAAAGGAGGCAAUUUCUGCAGAGAUGAGAAUGAAUUUGAUUAGUCGCCUAGGCUUGUUUGGGGAUAUGAACCCUUACGGUGACCCUAAUUGGUACCAAGGAUGGGCGUCACCCUACUACACAAAGGAUCAUAUUCAAUUCCGUGCCAUGGUUCGUGAAUUCAUAGAAAGAGAGAUCAUGCCAAACUGCCACGAGUGGGAUGAAGCGAAGGCCAUACCGAAGGAAUUGUACGUGAAGUGUGCAAAUGCCGGUUGGUUGUCAUUAGUUGUGGGCACAAACAUGCUGAGAGAAAAAAUGCCAAACUUGACACUUCCCAACAACCCUCAUCGCAAAGAUGUCGACGCAUUCUACGAAUAUAUUCUGUUCGACGAACUUGCAAGAUGCGGGUCUGGAGGCGUUCUCUGGGCGAUUUCCGGAGGCCUUUCAAUCGGGCUGCCGCCAGUUAUAAACUUUGGCAGCGAAGAGAUGAAAAACAGAAUAGUCAAACCCUGCUUGAUGGGAGAAAAGAUUAUUUGUCUGGCAAUUACGGAACCGAGUGCCGGGAGUGACGUAGCAAACAUAUCCACCGAAGCCAAGCUAACUCCCGACGGCAAGCAUUUCAUAGUGAAUGGAGAGAAAAAAUGGAUCACCAAUGGCGUCUUUGCAGACUAUUUCACUGUAGCAGUGAGGACGGGCGGAAAGGGGAUGGGCGGGAUAUCUCUGCUCUUGAUUGAAAAAACCAUGCCUGGAGUGAGGACAACGCAGAUGAAGUGCCAAGGAGUUUGGCCAUCCGGUACGACUUAUAUUAUGUUCGAGGAUGUCGAAGUCCCCGUCGAAAAUUUAAUCGGCGAAAUGAACCAAGGAUUCAAGUACAUCAUGUACAACUUUAACCACGAGCGCUGGAUCAUGGCGAUCGGCGCAGCUCGAUUCGCACGCGUCUGUUACGAAGAAUCGCUAAAAUACGCACAAAAACGCAAAACAUUUGGACGAUUUCUAAUUGAACACCCAGUGAUUCGGUUCAAAAUGGGACAUAUGGUGCGCCAAAUCGAAGCUACGCAGGCUUGGCUGGAACAGAUCACUUAUCAAAUGACCAAAAUUGACAAGAGACUACAAGACAAACUGCUUGGCGGACCAAUCGCACUAUGCAAAGCGCAAUCCACUCAAACCUUCGAAUUUUGCGCAAGAGAAGCAUCUCAAAUCCUUGGGGGAGUCUCCUAUACUAGAGGUGGGCAGGGUGAGAAGGUUGAGCGCCUCUAUCGCGAAGUUCGCGCCUACGCAAUCCCAGCCGGAUCUGAAGAAAUCAUGAUAGACCUCGGAAUCCGACAAGCGCUACGAGCAGCGAAAUUGUAGGGCGCCAGAACAGAUUUCGCCCUUCACCCAAAAAAGUAUAAGCCAAAUAAAAAAAUUCUUUAACUGAUGA